AUUGCCAAGCCUGAUGGAAGAUGAUGGUGAAACGGGGUCCGCUUAGAGACGACGAAGUUGCAAUGGCGAUGGCAAAGGCGUUGGCAGUGCUAAAGAAGGCACGAAGGCAUGCUUUGUUUGCAAAGCAGGGAGUGGGACCGGAUGAUGGGGGAAAGAAUCGCGCAUUUGGCAGAGUUAUAUACCAGGACAUUCUUCCGAGGGAUGAAUCGAAAUCGAGAGCACGCCGGGGUGGAGGAUAUUAUUUUCUCUCUACUGGGAGCCACGAAUGCGUGGGGAAAGGCAAAGCUGGAAUAUGUUUGCAGAUUGAGAUAUGGGUGAAGCACUCGCGGAGAGCACGCGUCGUGCUUCUAGGACACGGGAGCUUGGAAGUUUACGGAGAAAUAAGUGAAUGUGACACGACAAAGUUUAUGCGCUCCUCAAGCAAACAAGCGCAGUGACCGCUGCGGCUGGCCAAUGCACAGUCCUCCUCUGGAGCACUCGACGCCACAGACAAGGCCGGUUGCAUCACCAACGGAAGAUUCGACAGGGCCUCACAGAGAGCGGAAAAGAUCUUUGGAGCAUAAUGCACGGAAAAAAUACGAAACAGCAACAAAAA